AUGCCAGAAACACCAGCAGCGGCGGCAGGGCGCGAUCACGUGACGCCCGCCGAGCCGCACGUGCCCGUUGGCGGCCCGCCCCGCGCCGCGUCGCCGGCGUCGGCCGCGUCGUCGUUCGUCCCCAUUGACUCUGUGCAAGAUGCUAUCCAGCUUAUAGACGAGCACAAAAAUUUCAACUCCGACAUCUUGGACUACAUCUCGCAGGCAGCGAGUCCCGGGGCCGGCCGCGCGGCCGCGGACCACCGGAUCAUCUCCGUGUUCGGCUCGCAGUCCACCGGCAAAUCCACGCUUUUGAAUGCGUUGUUCAACACCAAUUUCGGCGUCAUGGACGAGGUCAAUCGGCAGCAGACCACCAAGGGCAUCUGGCUCGCCGUGAGCCCCGGCGUCAACAACAGCGUGGAAGACGCGGGUCACGUGGCGCGGGACAGCAUCAUCGUCAUGGAUGUGGAAGGAACCGACGGCAGGGAACGAGGCGAGGACCAGGACUUCGAGCGCAAGGCCGCGCUUUUCGCCAUGGCCACCAGCGAGGUGUUGAUUGUCAACUUGUGGGAAACGCAGGUCGGGCUCUACCAGGGCGCCAACAUGGGCUUGUUGAAGACGGUGUUCGAAGUCAACUUGUCUCUAUUUGGAACCGCCAAGUUGCACCGUGCCAGCAGCAGCAGCGAGCACAAGGUGCUCUUGCUUUUCGUGAUCCGCGACCAUUUGGGCGUGACGCCCAAGGAGUCGCUUGCCGCCACCAUCACGCAGGAUUUGUUGAAGAUCUGGGAGAACUUGAACAAGCCCAGCGACGUGGCCCACUUGGCGUUCGCCGAUUUCUUCGACUUGGACUUCCACACCUUGGGCCACAAGGUGUUGCAGCACGACAAGUUCAUGCUGGACGUCCGGCUGUUGGGCAACCGCUUCAUUGACUCCGCGGACGACGCGUUCUUGUUCAAGCCCUUCUACCACCAUGAUAUUCCCAUCGAGGGCUGGACCAUGUAUGCGGAAAACUGCUGGGACCAGAUCGACAGCAACAAGGACUUGGACUUGCCCACGCAGCAGAUCUUGGUGGCCAAGUUCAAGUGCGACGAGAUCGUGGCCGCAUGCUACUCCGACUUCCUAGUUGGAUUUGACGUUGCCAAGGCCGACGCCACGCGCUCCCUGGAACCCGCCGCGCCGGACUACCAGAAAACCGGCCUGGAUCUUGCGGCCUUGAAGGACAUCACUCUUGCUGCCUUUGAUCUACAGGCGUCCAAGUACAAUACCUCUGUGUACGAACAAAGACGUGCCAUCUUGGACGAGAAGGUCAACGCCAAGCUUUCCGAGAUCCUUUCCGUAUACUCCAAGCAGUUGUUGAGCUCAAGCCUCAAGACCUUUGCGGUAGCCUUGGCCAAAAAGCCACGGACUGGCACGUUCGUGGACCAUGUGUCCGCGUCGACAGAUGCCUUACGAACGCUGUUUGCCAAGAACUUAGCUUCGCUCUCCUUGAACGGCCAAUUGACCACAAAUGACUACGCCGACUCUCUUGAGGUCGAGUUGGCGAAACUCAUUGCGAAGCAGCAGCUUGUCGAGCUUAACACCAUUGUGAGCAAGCAUCUCAAGAAACUCACGAGCGGGUUAAAAAUAGCCAUUUCACAGGAGAUUUCCAGCCCUUCACAGUCGACUUGGGACCAAGUCAUGGAGAAAUUUGACAUGGCUGCGGCGCUUUUCUUGGAAAAGUACACUUCCGACAGCGGCAUGGUGGAUUUCGGCGUUGGCGCGGAAGACGACAUGAACAAGCUUACAUUGCGUGUCUUUGAAUUCCAGUCAUGGCAAACCUUGCACACGGUGAUCCAUAAGCACAUCUCCAAAGACAAUUUACUCACAAUCCUCAAGGACAGAUUUGAUGAUAAAUUCAGAUACGAUCAGAAUGGGCUCCCACGUCUUUACCAAAAUGGAAAAGAGUUGGAUGCUGCAUUUGGUGAGGCAAAGGGUCACGCGAUGAAAGUCUUUCCAAUUCUUACUAUCGCCAGAUUGUCCAAUGGUGCCGAAAUCAUGCCCAAGUACGAUGUUUUCGACAAGACUUUGAAACAAAAGUAUGACCGCGUAAAGCCCAUUGAGGACGGCUUGACUUUGGACGAAAGAGCCCAUGAAGACUCGGACAGUGACGACGACGAGAAUAAUGAAAAGAACUCUUUUGCUGAGAUUCUUUCGGAGAGCGAGAAGAGUGAGGUUGCGCUCAAGUUCAAGCGGGAGAUCGAUGCGAAAUUCGUCGAAACAAAGCGGUCGAUCAUCCAACACGUCACCCAAAUUCCUUACUACAUUUAUUUGUUGAUUGUGGCGCUCGGCUGGAAUGAGUUUAUGGCGGUGAUCAGGAACCCAUUCUUCUUCACGUUGCUCCUCGUGUUGGGAGCGGCUGUUUAUGUGAUGUACCAGACCAAUCUUUUGGGCCCGGCCUUGCUAGUUGCCCAGCGAAUGGUUGAUGAGGCGGUGCUUGUGGGGAAACAAAAAUUACGGGAGUUUGUGGUGGAGGACCAAGAGACACACGCUAAAAAUUUGAGGAAAAUGGGCGAAAGCCCGGAAAGCGUGGAGCUCAAAGACUUGGAACCGCAGCUGGGCGAAGAAGAGUAG